AUGGCUGAAGUAUUCGAAUCUAACUUUUCAAUUCGUUCUAUAUUAUCGGACACAAAGUCCUCUUUGGAGAUAGAGAGUAAUACUUCGACGGAAGAAUGGGCCAUAAGUUCAUGUGAUAUUACUUCUUCAGAUGAAACAUUAUCGGAUGAAUCUACAUUCACUAAUGAGAAACCAGCGUAUACAUAUAGUUCACUGAUUGUUAUGGCCAUACGUAGCAGUCCUGAUAAACGUUUAACAUUGGGCGGGAUAUGUGAGUGGAUAGCUAAUAACUUUCCGUACUAUCAAAAUAACAGAAACAAGUGGCAGAAUUGCAUUCGGCACAAUCUAAGCUUGAAUAAAUAUUUUGUGCGAAUACCUCGAGCGUUAGAUGAUCCAGGACGCGGUCACUAUUGGGCAAUAGAUCCAUCAGCGGAAGACGUAACUAUUGGGGAAACCACUGGCCGCUUACGUCGGAAUAAUAAUUCAACGUUAAAUGAUUCAAGAGCAAUUUUACAUUGCGGUGGUGGUUACUCGUACGGACAUCCUUAUCACCAAAGCAACACAAUACCGUUUAUAACUCUCAUUACUCUCCAAACGCUGUUAGGUGGGAAGUACCAAACAACAAGUGUGAAUCUUAAGAAAUGUCGUUGUGGAUUCGUUGGACCUGGUCUCUAA